AUGAAUAUUGAAGAAACAAAACUCGUUGAAGCUUUACUUACUAUGGUGAAUACGGGAGCAUUUAAAGCCGAUAAUGGCUUUAAAUCGGGUUAUUUAAUAUUUCUUGAACAAUCGUUAAAAGAAUCUUUGCCGGGCUCCGGGAUUUUAGGGAAACCACACAUCGAAUCAAAGUUAAAAAUAAUGAAGAAAGAUUGGACUAUUGUGCAUGACAUGAUAAAUGGUUCAUAUACUAGUGGCUUCGGAUACAAUAGUGUGAAGCAUUGUGUCGUUGUGGAAGACCAAGUUUGGGAGUCGUAUCUUCAGGUCCAUAAAGGGGCGGGAAAAUGGAAGAACAAACCAUAUCCUUUUUAUGAGGAUCUUUGUAUUGUAUUUGGAAAAGAUCGUGCCACAGGAAAUAGAGCAAGAUAUUUUGUUGAGGCGGAACAGGAGGCGCGUACAGAAGAUCAAACACAACACAUGAAUGACGAGUCCGAUGACGUAAUGGCAACUAGCAAUGUUCAAGGUGGGAAUGCAAAUAUGUAA